UUAAGAUCGUCAGGCGUCAUGUCCUCUCCAGUCCUCUCUCAGGUUUCUCUCUGACGAAGCUUGGUAGAGAGCAAAAUCGUUCAACUGAAAUAAGUCACUGGACUCCUAGUCUUCCCAGGGAGCAGAGAAACAACAAAAAAACGUGGUACUGAGAUUUGGUGAAUCUGAAAUCCACAGGUAUCAAGAAGAAGAACUGAAAUAAAUCUCGUUAAAAUGCUCGCGCUAAAAGACUAUGGUAGCAGCGAUGAAGGUAGUGAGGGUGAUAACGUGGAUUUAGCGUCCACGUUUCCCAGUGGAAAGUUCACUGGGCUCCAAAUUUGCGCUGCCCCGGAGGUCGUGCCUACCGGGACAGAAUUGUGUGUAAAACAUAUAGAUCCAAUCGCAACGGAAGUUACACAUAAUCCAAAGUAUGAGGAACUCUUUGGGCCCGAGGUGGGACCGGAGAAUCCGUUCAAGACGCAGCAGCAGCGCGCGGUCAAAAAUAUACUGUCUGGAUACGUAGAACGGGCGCACAUAAGUGAAUUCCAGUUUGAAAAUCAAAGGAGAACAUUUGCCAGUUACGGAUAUGCGCUAGAUCCAACUGUAGACGGUAGCACGGAUGAAGGCAGAAUUAUGAUCGGUGCAACCGAAGCGGCAGAAGAAUCAGGCGGUAAGACUGUUUUCGAAAACACCACCCUGAGACCGUCGGACAAACGGAAGAGGCACAGAAACAACGAUCCAACGGACAUUGAAGGCUUUUUGGGUCCCUGGGGUGGUUAUAUUGAUGAGAAGCGAGUUAUCAAGCCAAGCGAGGAGGAAGCUGCUGAAUUGGAAGAAAUCUUGGCCAAACGAAAUAAACGAGGAAAGCAGACGGAGGAGAAGCCGCUCGAGGAGAAGACAGUAUUACAUAUCAAAGACAGUGUGGAUUAUCAAGGACGCUCGUUCUUGCACGCUCCUCAGGAUGUAGGCGUGAAUCUCAGAUCGGAAUCGCCACCCGACCGUUGUUUCUUGCCAAAAGCGCAAAUUCACACGUGGGAAGGACACACGAAAGGCAUCUCGCAAAUCCGAUGGUUCCCACGCACCGCGCAUUUAUUACUGUCUUGCAGCAUGGAUUGUCGCGUGAAGUUGUGGGAAGUAUACAAAGACAGGAGAUGCGUUCGUACGUACUAUGGGCAUCGACAAGCGGUACGGGACAUAAGUUUCGACAACGACGGCAAGCGAUUUUUAUCAGCGGCUUACGAUCGCUAUGUGAAACUCUGGGACACAGAAACGGGAGCUUGUAUCAGUCGCUUUACGAGUCGAAAGAUCCCGUACUGCGCCAAGUUUAAUCCCGAUCCAGAUAAGCAGCACCUCUUCGUAGCUGGUACCAGCGAUAAGAAGAUUAUUUGUUGGGAUAUACGUUCUGGCGAAAUAACGCAAGAAUAUGAUAGACAUUUGGGUGCCGUGAAUACCAUCACAUUUGUCGACGAGAAUAGGCGAUUCGUCACAACUAGCGACGAUAAAAGUCUCCGGGUUUGGGAAUGGGACAUUCCUGUGGAUAUGAAAUACAUAGCUGAUCCAUCCAUGCAUUCUAUGCCGGCGGUAACGCCGUCGCGAAAUCAGAAGUGGCUCGCUUGCCAAAGCAUGGAUAACAAGAUCGUUAUAUUCUCGGCGUUAAAUAGAUUCAAAAUGAAUCGGAAGAAGACGUUCACGGGGCACAUGGUCGCGGGAUACGCGUGCGGGUUAGACUUUUCGCCAGAUAUGAGUUACUUGGUGUCGGGCGAUGCAGAUGGCAAAUGCUACAUAUGGGACUGGAAGACAACGAAGUUGUACAAAAAGUGGAAGGCGCACGACGGGGUGUGCAUUGACGUGUUGUGGCAUCCGCAUGAGCCUUCUAGACUUGCUACAGCUGGUUGGGAUGGCAAGAUCAAGUAUUGGGACUAAAAUGUCCGAGCCGUAAGCCACAGUUGAAGCAACAAUUAAAACAACUCGUAAGCCACUUUUUGACAACGGAGAUACUUUUUGUAAAUAAUAUUGUAUAUUUUUUGUAAAUAAAUAUUGAUAAAAAAAUAA